AUGACUUCAAUGGACAUGUAUCCUCAUAAAGAAACCAAGAGGCCAAGAUAUACUGAUACUAGGCCGGAUGAAACCACCCAAGGCUGCUCUUUGCAGCCUGCCGACAAUGUGAAGGAUAUCUCGCGGCUCAUCCUUGAUAUCUUUCUGGAGAAUGCUCUCAACAAAUUCGAGCAUGUAGAAGACCAUCUCGGGAGCUCUGGGGAUGUCUUUAUUUCUGUCAUCAGCCGAUUUGUUUCGAAAGGGGAACGGGUGCAAGCCUGUCUCCCUGCUUUCCCCUUCAAGUCGGCAAACAAAGUUUACAAGGUGCUCGGCAGCUUGCCGGACAAGGCAGAGGAGUUGGCCCUUGAAAGAUUAAAUACCAUCUGCAAGCGCAUUCAGCAGAUCUACCCUCCUGGUGCUGAAAUUGUCGUAAUAUCGGAUGGCAUUACCUACAAUGGCACGUUCGUCAUCGCAGACUUGUUAUGUAUCUCUGACCAGGAAACCUGGAUGUAUGGCGAAGCCCUGCGCAAAAUGGUUGUCGAGAAGGGAUUCGAUAACAUUUAUUUUUCGAGAAUUAAAGAUCUUCUCGACUUCCCUCUUCCGGAGAAAUCGAGCGAGAUUAUCUAUGUGGCCAACUGCACCACCUUCAGAUGCUUGCUUAUGAACGAAUACGGAAAGGGUGACCUCAACAUAGACCGUGAAAUUGCCACAAACCCGGAUACAAAGUUGACAUACCUUGGAUAUAAGCGAUUCUUGGAAUCCGAUCUUCAGUACAUUUUCCCUCGAGGGGAGAAUCGUUCCGCCCACAGCUACAAACAAGACUGCAAAUAUCUGGCCAAGCAGAUGCUCACAAGAGGAUAUGCAUUCGCAGCGGCGAUCAAGAAGGCCUUCCCCAACCAUCUGCGGCUUUCAAUCCACGAGUCAAUGUGUGGUACUAAACUAUCUAUCAGUUUGCUGAAUACUAAGACCGGUUUCACAACUCCAUGGCACUGUAGUGUCGCUCAGUUGGCAGAUGGAGUGUGGGUUAGUGCCCCAAUGGGUGAAUUCAACCAAGAUAAUCGCUUGGAACUUGUCCACAUUGACGGGAAGCCCAGUUACUACCAAGAAAAGCUCCAGAGAGACGGUCUCACGAUUAGCAUGACAGGGGCAAGCUACCUUCAAUCAGCCAGGCCGAUCAAUAUGAAUCAAUAUGUCAAUGGUUCAUCCAGUAAUAGAUCACUACUAAAAUCUUUAUCCAGCGAGGUCUCCCUUUCUUCGUCUGAAGACAGUUUAUCUGGAAGUACACUUACCACGCAAGAGACACAAUCAGUUCCAGAGUUUGAAUCAGCGCAGACUUGGUUGUGUAUCCCACCAGACAAAACUAAUGACCUUACGGCACGGCCGAAAGACAAUAAUGCCAGUUUCUCAACCUCGUACGGUAGAAGGCUUAUUCCUCAGAUAAUGGACAACCUUGCUGAUACCGACCCCGACCGGACCGUCUUCUCCCUUGCAUCAGUCUUGAACGGGAAUAUUAAGCUCAACCACGUCUCUGCUCGACAAUUUACCAGAGCGGUUGAUAAGACUGCCUGGUGGCUUCGUGAUCAGGUUGGUACACCGAGUGCAGUUCAACCUGUGGUUUACAUUGGGCCACACGAUCUCCGACAUAUCCUAUUGACAUAUGCAUGUGUUAAAGCGGGCUAUGCGGCCAUGUUUUUAUCACCCAAAAACAACAUAGAAGGAGUUAUGGCAGUACUCGAGGCAACAAGCUGCAACAUCUGGGUCAAUGCAAUCGACGCUUCUCCGGUGCCUUUCGUCAAGGAGGUUCGUCAAAGACGCCCUAUGACGUCUUUACAGCUUCCCUUACUUGACGAGCUUCUUGAUACCGAGUUUACUGAGCCUUUUCCAUACAAUAAAACUUUUGAAGAUGCCAUCAAUGAUCCAUUCUGCUUUCUGCAUACGUCAGGAAGCACCGGACUACCCAAGCCCAUUCCUUGGUCUCACGGACUCAUUGGGACUAUGGACGCAGUACGACUGCUCCCACCAGUGGGUGAAAAUGCAGAUCUGGUUCCAUGGACUUCUGGCUGGGAUGAGGGAGACAAGAUUUAUUCCUCGUUCCCAAUGAGUCACGGUGCUGGCAUUAUCAUGGAUAUUCUGAUGCCCGCACUUUUCAAUCUCCACUGUGUCUUGGGCCCAGUCGGUGUUUUGCCUAAUCUGAAUCUCGUGGAAAGAUUGGCCGUGGACGUGAAGAUUGACAUAUGGAGUAUGGUUCCAUCCCUUGUCGACGAGUUGGGUGAAGCUCCCGAAGUUUUGGCGAAGCUCGAAGGGAGCAAGUUCAUCUGCGCAUCUGGCGGUCCUGUCAACCCUGUCAGCGCCGGCAGAGUGAAUGAGGUAGUAAGGGUGCUCAAUUUAACUGGUACGACGGAGGGUCUUUUCAUUGGGAACCUUUGGACGCCACGAGAAGACUGGUUCUGGUUCUGUUUCCACCCUUACUCCGGCUUCGAGUUCAAAGAAGCCGAGGCAGAUACCUAUGAGCACUGGGUACAUCGCAACGAGCAUUGGGCUCUUUUCCAAGGCAUUUUCCACACUUUCCCCGACAAGAACUCGAUCAACUUCAAAGAUUUAUACAUGAAACACCCUACCAAGCCCAACCUAUGGGCUUUCAAGGGAAGAAGCGAUGAUCUUGUCGUCCUGUCGAAUGGGUACAAAAUAUCGCCCCUCGAGACGGAGAUAUUUGUUACCACUCACCCGGCCGUUAAUGGAUGUCUUAUUUUCGGAACUGGGAAGCCUCAGGCGGGCCUACUCAUUGAGCUCAAGGAUCCAUCCAGCAAGCCGGUUGAGCUCAUUGAUAGUAUUUGGGAAACGAUUCAGACGGCCAAUUCCAUGUCUCGGCACAAAAAUCAGUUACUUAAGGAUUUCGUCACAUUCACACUACCUGACAGGCCCUUCCUGCGAACGGACAAGGGAACUGUGAAAAGAUCAGCUUCCUUGGCACUGUAUGCUGACUAUAUCGAGCGCUUUUACAGUUCACGAAGCGAUGAUCUCGAUGAGUCUAUCAGUCUAGAUCUAAGUUCUAUCAACGCGAUCGAGGAUUCAAUCCGUACCAUCCUCAGCCAUUCACUUCCUGAAGCUCAGGAUGCCCUUCCAGAAGCAGAUCUAUUUGCAUUGGGACUCGACUCUCUAGGUGUCUUUGCCGCUAUCAAGACAAUUCGAGGAGCUUCAUCACUGGGUGAAAAGAUUGCCCCUCGGCAUGUUUAUGCAAAUCCAACCAUUACGAGUCUCGCUGCCACUGUCUCCUUCCUGAUAGCGGAGGCACAGGCUGCUAAAGAUACUAUCUCAUCCGGUCAAGUUCGAGACGAUCAUGUCUCUGGGAUGAACACUGUGAUCACCCAGCACAAGGCACGGCAGUCUUUCCGCUUGAAUGCUUUUGACUACGUUAAUCCCAACCACGGAAUGGGUAUUAUGCUCUACUUCUCUAUUCAAGACGAGAUUUCGUUCGAGCAAGUCUUUGCAAACCUUCAAAACGGACUCAACCGUACAUUUGAUAUGAUACCCGCUCUCAGCGGUAAAAUAAUGUCCUGCUCUGAACAAGAGAUCGGCUAUACCAAAGGAGACCUUUGCGUGACGAUUCCGCCCCUGUCCAAAGCAGCUUCUGCUCGAGACCGCUUGGUGUACAAAGAUCUCUCGGAUAUUCUUCCAUCUUUUGACAAGCUAAGAGCCGCUGGUUUCCCACCAUCUGCUUUCAAAGAUGAUCUCGUUCUGCGAGACGAUCCAUUCCCUACACUCCCCGCAGACAUUUUCUCUGGUCAAGUGAACUUCGUCUCCGGUGGCUGCAUUGUUGCAGUCGACUUGAACCACUGCUGCCUUGACGGUCUCGGCGUCAUGGUCGCCCUUAAGGCUUGGGCGGAGAACUGCAGAUACCUGCAAGGUGAUCACACAGCAAAUUGCAGCUGGUACGACCCUGAGAGCUUCAAUCACAGUUUACCGGAAAUCAUUCAUGAACAAGAAGGAUGGUCUCGCCCGCUCGACGAAAUUGACCCCGGAACGUGGAGCUUCUUGCCUUUCUUCCCGGCGGGCGACAUGAGAACAAGAAGAGAAAUCUCCACCGACGUUGCCACAGCGUCUACCAAGGGCCAUACGUUACCGCCUGCACCUAAAUUCAAGUUGCACAAUGUCUGGCCACUUUCCCGGGCUGAAAGAUGCCCAAAAACGACACUAUUCCUAAUUAAACCCGACAAGCUUGAGAAGAUGAAGCAAGAGGUCAUUGCUGAUCCUGAGGCCAAGGGAGUCAUUAAGUCAAUCAGUGAUAUUGUUCAAGCCUUCCUCUGGCGAGCUGACAUUAGAGUACGAUAUCGAAUUGCUAAGGAGAUCCGAAAGCAGACAUUUGAGCCUGAGGAAGUGUCCAUUCUCGAGCUACCCACCGAUGGCCGCCCAUACUUCUCUUCCCUAUUACCCUCGACAUACAUGGGUAGUUUGCUUAUUCUCAACCGAUCAACUAUGCCGAUUGAGAAGCUUUGUUCGGACGAAACGAGCAUUGGCCGCGUCGCGUAUGUGCUCCGUCAGUCCGCUGCACGAAUCACCCCUCAGGUCGUGCACGACGCAUUUUCAAUUCUGCAAUCACUGCCGGAUCACAGCCGAUUCUCGACUGCUAAUAUGGGCAUUGAGCAUAUGCACGUUAUGAUCUCGAACAUGAUGUUAUUCCCGUCUAGCGAAGUCUGCUUUGGUGAUACAUUUUUCGCCAAUCGAGGCUUGCCGGAGUCAUUACGGCCACAGCUCGAGCGUGGAAACGGACGAUUCCGCUUCCUGGUCAUUUAUCCCAUAAGGGAGGAUGGAGGAAUAGAAUUUGCUAUGGGUACGUACCCAGAGGAGCUGGAGAUGUUUCAAACGGAUGAGGAGUUCUCCAAAUAUGCGAAUAUUGUAGAUACGCGUUGCUGA